GCAAGAGGAAGUGGAGCAGGGUGCAGAGGCAUCUUCGGUUUCGAGAGUCCGACAAGAUGACGUCGAUGGUCAUGAGGAGGACACUGUUGCAGUACCAAGUUCAACAGUGUCUACUACAACUCGUAAUCAACCACUACAGGAACAAGUCCAAGGCGAAUUAAGGGUACUAGGUUGA